UCCUUUUUUUUUUCUUUUAUUUUUUUUUUUCUUUCCUUCUUUUUUUUUUUUUUUUUUUUACCUUUGUGUUUUGGGAGCUGAGGGGCAUUUGGGAGUUGCUGCCUCAGGGUGUUUGGGAUAUACUGCUGGAGCUUAGAAUUUCCUCCCUUCCAGUGCUCCCAAGCAGGUAAGGACACAACCAUCACUUCCUCCAGUGCCCCUGCCCUGGGCCGGCUUUGGGGGCUGCAGCCCAGGGCUGGGGUGUCCCAGCUCUGUCCUUGUGUGUCACAUCCCAGGCACAGGCAAUGUCCUCACUCGGCUCUGGAGCGCCCUUGGGGCGCAAUUCCCAGCCCAGCUGCGGCCCCCCAGUGCCAGCCCCAAGGAAUUCCCUCCUGGCACAGCCUCUCCCUCCGCCCUGGAGCUGCUCCCUCGCCCUGCUGGGCCAGGAGGACAUCGUGGAGAGCUACAGCGGGUACGUGGGACGGCUUGAAAUGAGCUGGGCUAUGCCUUUAUUAAUGUUCAGCUCUUUAUUAAAAAGAUCAGCUGGGCAGGGAGCUCAACACGGAGCUCACCCCCACUGUUGGAGCUUUUUCCAGGGGGGAGGAGGGUGCAGAGUCUGUCCCUGGAGUCUCCGUGGCACACUGGUAGCUGGAGGACCGAGCCCUGUGUCCCCACGCUGUGCCAGCAGCUCCUGCGAGCUGGGGGUGGCCCUGCUGGAGCGCUCCCGCUCGGGCCCCGACCCGCAGCUGGUGCGCAGGAUCGUGGCCCAGGUGGAGUUCUACCUGUCCGACGAGAACCUGGCCAAGGACGCCUUCCUCCUCAAGCACGUGCAGAAGAACAAGAUGGGCUUUGUCAGCAUCAAGCUGCUGACCUCCUUCAAGAAGGUGAAAUACCUGACCCGGGACUGGCGCCUCACCCUCUACGCCCUCAAGUUCUCGGCGCUGCUGGAGGUGAACAAGGAGGGCACCAAAGUCCGGCGGCGCCUCCCCAUCCCCGAGGACCUGCUGAGCGUCCCCCCCAGCAAGCUGCUGCUGGCCUGGGAGCUGCAGCCGCGGGAGCAGGACCUGCCCGUGCAGAAGAACUUCCUGGACACCAUCACUGGGAUGUUCAGCCCCUUCGGGCCCAUCGCCUCCAUCCGCCUGCUGCGGCCGGGCCGCAAGCUGCCCUCGGACGUGCGCAGGUACUCCUCGCGCUUCCCCGAGCUGCUGAGCCGCUGCUGUGCCCUGGUGGAGUACGAGAGCCUGGAGAGCGCCCGCAGCGCCGCCGAGAGCCUCGGGCACCGCGACUGGCACAGCCUCAGGGUGGUGCGGCUCUGCGGCAAGGGCGGCAAGAAGAAACCCGGGCAGGAGCGGCCGGCCUGGAAGGUGCCAGCGCCGGCUCGGCCCUUCGCCCGCAGCCCGGGGGAUGCCCUGCCCAGCGGCGCUCCCCAGCCCGGUGCUGCCUCGGGGUCGCUGUCCCUCCUCCUGAACCAGGACCUGCUGGCACCGGCCUGGCCUGGCGGCGACUUCCCGCCGGAAGAUUCCAGCGCUUUUCCCACCUCGCUGCUCCCCGGCAAGGGCUUCCCUCCGCUGGGGAUGGGCACCGAGAGCCGCCCGGGGAGCGCCGCGGGCUCCUGGACACCCUGGGGCAGCGCUGGCCUCUGUCCCAAAGCUGCCCCCAGCGAUGCCCAGUGGGUGUCCGAGCCCCUCGGGCUGUGGGACGGGGUCCUGCGCCUGCCCCGCGGCCCCGAGGGCACCCAGGGCUUCGGCAGCAGCUUCGGGAGAGAAGAGCUCGUCCUCCGGCACUGAGAUUUGUUCAGAUUCAGGGUUAGGGCUUGUAAUUGUCUUUCUUUUCCCUUCUUCUUUCGAGUGGAAGACUUUUCUCUGGUCCUGCGAGCUGUGGGCAGUGGCAGUGCAGCUGAUCCAGGGGACAGAAGUUUUGGGGCAAGGACGAUGCUCGAGGCAGACGCUGAGCAGCAGCAGGGGCUGUGCUGUGCUCAUGCCAGUGAGACUGUGCUUGCUCAGGGCCAGAGCUGGGUUUGGGGUCCAGGUUUUGGAUGAGAAAUGGACAAUAAAGAGAGAUUAAGUUUCCAGGCA